AUGCCUAGUUUUUCACUUGGACUUGGUCUUGGUCUAACACAAGAGUUUCAGGAAGGAGAUGAAAGCAGUGAAGAUGAACACAUGAAGAAAGAAAUAAAAGAUGAAAAACUUGAUGAAGGAGAAAGUUAUGAUUCAGAAGAAACAGAAUGUGACAAUAAUAUCUUGGGAAUUGAAGAUGAUGAAGACAAAAAAAGAGAAGUAGGAAAAAGAUUAAAAAAACCAUCACUGAAGCUAUCUUCUCCUUAUAAUAAAAAACAGACUAAGAGAGGGUAUGUGAUUGGAAGAGGAAUGAUCGAAACAAUGCAGGCAGGAUUAUGGGUACAUGCACAUGUCAUUGAUGCUUGGACUGAUAUUUUGAACUAUGAAGAAAAGCUUAAAUCAAAUUCUACACUGAAUCGGUAUUUCUUUGAUACAUCAAUUGUGAGACAGUUCAUAUUUGACAAAAAUAUCCCUUUCAAUCAAAGAUUUGAUAAAUUUGAGUCAAAUAUCAAAGAUGCAAUGAAAAAGGACAAAGAACUUCUGACAUUUGAAAAUUUUCACUUGGUGUUUUUACUAGUUCAUCAAAAAAAUCACUUUUACAUCAUCUGCAUAAACUUAGAGGAACCAGCAGUUGAUGUCAUUGACAAUAGGAAUUCAGUUGCAAAGUUUUCUAGAGCUUAUCGUGAUGCACCUAAUGAAUUGGUACUUGAUGAGGGUCAAUCACAAAUCAGCUUUAACUUUGGAGGGUGUUGA